AUGCGCCUCCCAACUCCGAUAAUCAUUAAAAGUCGCCGCCUUUCAUCCUCUCCCCGCUCAUGGAUAUCUCCAAUCUCCCUUACACCCAAGAAAAAACCAAACCCACCUCCCGAAUCAUCAAUCCCCCAACCCCCAACAAACCCUAAACCCCAAUUCAUCUCCCACGAAUCCGCAAUCAAUCUCAUCAAACGCGAGAGAGACCCUCAACGCGCCCUCGACGUCUUCAACAAAGCUUCUAAUCAAAAAGGCUUCAACCACAACAGCGCCACGUACUCUGUUCUCUUGGACAAUCUCGUAAGGCACAAGAAGUUCAACGCCGUUGAUUCGAUCCUCCACCAGAUGAAGUACGAGACUUGCAGGUUCCAAGAAGGAAUCUUUCUUAAUCUGAUGAGACAUUUCUCCAAGUUUGAGUUGCAUGAGAGAGUGAUUGAGAUGUUUGGUUUGAUCCAAGUGAUUGCACGUGUGAAACCCUCUCUCAACGCUGUUAGCACGUGUCUUAACCUACUUGUUGAUUCAAAGGAAGUUGAUUUAGCUAAGAAGCUGUUGUUGUAUGGUAAAGAGAAUCUUGGGUUGCAGCCGAAUACUUGCAUUUUCAAUAUUCUUGUGAAGCAUCAUUGCAAGAAUAAGGAUGUAGAUUCUGCGUUUAGGGUUGUGGAGGAGAUGAAAAGGGCGGGAGUUUCGUAUCCGAAUUUGAUUACUUACUCGACGUUGAUGGAGUGUUUGUUUGCUCAGUCUAGGUCUAAAGAGGCUAUGGAGUUGUUUGAGGAUAUGAUCUCUAAAGAAGGGAUCUCUCCGGAUCCUGUUGUUUUCAAUGUUAUGAUUAAUGGGUUCUGUCGUGUUGGGGAGGUUGAGAGAGGUAAGAUGAUUAUAGAGUUUAUGAAGAAGAAUGGAUGUAAUCCGAAUGUGUAUAAUUACUCUGCUUUGAUGAAUGGGUUUUGUAAAGAGGGGAAGGUUCAGGAAGCUAAGGAAGUCUUUGAUGAGGUUAAGGAAACUGGUUUGAAACUAGACACGGUUGGUUAUACAACUCUGAUGAACUGCUUUUGUAGGAAUGAUCAAGUUGAUGAGGCUAUGGAGUUAUUGGAAGAGAUGAAAUCAUCUGGAUGCAGAGCGGAUGCAUUAACUUACAAUGUGAUUCUGAGGGGUUUGUGCGGCCAAGGAAGAACAGAAGAAGCUCUUGAGAUGUUAGGUCAAUGGGGAUGUGAAGGUGGUCAUCUGAACAAAGGUAGUUAUAGGAUCAUACUAAAUGCGUUGUGCAAGAAUAGUGAGCUUGAAAAAGCUGUAGAGUUUCUUAGUUUGAUGUCAAAGAAAGGGGUUUGGCCACACCAUGCCACUUGGAACGAGUUAGUGGUUAGGCUUUGCGGAUCAGGGAAAGCAGAAACCGGGGUUCGAGUUCUGAUAGGAUUUAUGGGAAUGGGUUUUAAACCAGAGCCUGAGUCUUGGAGAGCUGUGGUGGAAUCAAUAUGCAAAGAGAGGAAGUUAUUGCAUGUCUUUGAACUACUUGAUUCUUUAGUUUCUUCAUAA